AUUAACCCCAAAGGCCAAAACAGAUCCCUCGCCGAGCGUUGCGACAGAUUCGACCCAAGCAGUUUCGGGUUCAACAUCGACGCUAACCAACCGGAGGCUGAACAGAUCGAGGAGGAUGAAUGGGAAGGCUAAGACGCAGGAGAGGCGAAGAUGUACGAGUGGCUGUCGAAAUCGUGGCCGCCGCUACGGAUUCAGAUGUGGAGUUGAGACAGAUGACGACGAUGCAACGAACCAGACGCCGGCGGCAAGAAGCAGAUGACGCCGGUCUCAACCAGAAGAGGCUUUAUUGCCGUCCCGACAUCCGAAGUCUGCUCUUUAGCUGAAUUCGAAGCACUUUUUACUACACUUGGUUGCGCCAACCAGACACGAUUUCACAAAUCAAUUCGACAUAAAAUUUACAAUUGGUUACUGAAAUGUGAAAUCAAAAUUUUGGGUGAUUCGAUGGAUAACAAGAAUCAUACGACAAAGGAGAAGAAAACAGAGGAGGCCACUAAGUUUGGAUCGGACAACCUUGAUGGUGGCAAUUGAAGGAGAGAUCGUCAGCAUUCAGAUCUGGCGACGACAUGGCUGAAAGGGAGAUGGUCGGAGUUAUGUGUCUGCUUCUUCACCUCUUCUCGCUUCUCCACCUCCUCGCAAUCGGCGGCCUCGGCUGGGAAAAUCAAGUCCGCCACGGGAACUGCUCGCAACUAAUAACAGCGGUCGGCGACGCCGGGUUUUCUUGGAAUAGGGGAGAAAGGCAGGGGAGGUAGGGGCGGGUCAAAUGGUAUUGGCGGCAGCACAAGAAAAAGUGAGAGGGGCG